AUGGAUGCCGGAAAGGUCCCCGUCAAGCUCGUGAAGGUCACCAGAGUCCUCGGCCGAACAGGCUCGCGAGGUGGUGUUACCCAGGUCAGAGUCGAAUUCAUGGACGACACAAGCCGAAGCAUCAUUCGAAACGUGAAGGGUCCUGUCAAAGUGGAUGAUAUUCUAUGCCUACUCGAGUCCGAGAGAGAAGCUAGGAGAUUGCGAUAA